AAAUGGAGAUCUUUUCGUAUUACAGGAUAUAUGGAAUGAUCUAGCUUAAUUCUCGAAAAAACUAUAAAAAGGGUUUCUAAACUCUUGAAUAAAGGAUCGACUAAUCAAAAUUUCGACUAUAAAGUUAGACAGUUAAAACUAGAGUUUUUUUUAACUAAUUUGUAGUUCCGACUCCAUUGACCAAUAAUAAACAAUAUUUGAUCUUCACGUGUUUCAUAUACUGUUUACUUUAUGUUUUCGUAGUAUCACGAAAAAAAUUAUGGUUAAAAAUCAAAUUAUCCUAACAAUAACUAAAUGAUCUCCUAUUCUAACAUGGGGAUUAUUUUCUUGUUUUCAUAUACGACUACAUGAAACAAUCAAAACAAAUUGCUUUUCUUUUUGUUUUUUUUUUUAAAGGACAAUUUCUUUUUUAGAAUCAAAAAGUACGUUAGUGUAUUUCUCUUUUCUUUUCUUUUUAUAAUUUUUUACUUUACUGAUUUUUUUUUGAAUAAACGGAAAAUAAUCCGAUCCUCACAUUCGAAUGUAGCAAUUGGUCAUAUGUAAAAUCAAAUUAAACGAUUCUAAUCGCUAAACCACUAUCCCAACAUAGCGUUGGUAACUCUCACAAAUAUUUUUUUGCAAUGAAAAUACCAAAUGAUAAAAAUUUCAACAAUAAAUAACAACAAAUGUCACAAAAAAAUUCUACAAAACAAUAAAUAUGGAGAAUAUUAGAGAUUUACAAAUUUAUAAUAAUUUUGAUGAUAACCAAGUAUUAAAUUAAUUACUAGAAAUUUUUAUCGAAUCAAAAUUAAGACAAAAAUGAGGGAAGUGAAGUUUUCAAAAAAAUAAUAAAAUAGAUGUAUUUUUCAAAAUUUAAUAUAAUAAAUAAGGUAUUUUCAAGUUAUCUCAAAAAAAAAUUUGGAGAGCCUCCAGAUCAGAGAGCGGCUUCCGCAUCACCAUAAGUUAUGAACACCCUGCUUAUCUUAAAGCCAUACGUUUCGCUUUGACACCACUCUGCUCUUUGAAUAUCUUGUCUGAAUUUAUAUUUUCCUGAAUCGAUGGAUCUUUUCUCCAGAUCUCCAGCUUUGCACAGACACAUGAGACUCUGUUUCUAGAAAGAACAUGAACAAACCAUCUUCACUUCAUUUGGUACUCAUAACGAUGCUCACAACGGCGACAAUGACUUUGAUGAGUCAAGCUACGGGUAACAACGUCCACCCUCUUAUUCUAAUUCCAGGAAACGGAGGUAACCAGCUAGAAGCAAGACUGGACCGAGACUACAAGCCAAGCAGCGUCUGGUGUAGCAGGUGGUUAUACCCUACCCGUAAAAAAAGUGAUGGAUGGUUCAGGCUAUGGUUUGAUGCAGCCGUGUUAUUCUCUCCCUUCACCAAAUGCUUCAACGAACGAAUGAUGUUGUACUAUGACGCCGAUUUAGAUGAUUACCAAAACGCCCCUGGUGUCCAGACCCGAGUUUCUCAUUUCGGUUCGACCAAAUCCCUUCUCUACCUCAACCCUCGUCUCCGAGAUGCCACAUCUUACAUGUCACAUUUGGUGAAAGCUCUAGAGAAAGGAUGUGGGUAUGUUAACGACCAAACAAUCCUUGGAGCUCCAUAUGAUUUCAGGUACGGCCUAGCUGGGUCGGGCCACUCGACCCGUGUAGCCUCGCAAUAUCUACAAGACCUCAAGCAGCUGGUGGAGAAAGCGAGCAGCGAGAACAACGGAAAGCCAGUGAUACUCCUCUCUCACAGCCUAGGAGGCCUUUUCGUCCUCCAUUUCCUCAACCGUAGCUCCCCUUCAUGGCGCCGCAAGUACAUCAAACACUUUGUUGCACUCGCUGCGCCGUGGGGCGGAACCGUUGAGCAGAUGAGGACGUUUGCUUCGGGAAACACACUCGGUGUUCCCUUUGUUAAUCCUUUGCUGGUCAGGCCGCAACAGAGAAGGUCCGAGAGUAACCAAUGGCUACUUCCACAUUCAAAAGUGUUUCACGACAGAACUAAACCGCUUGUGGUUACUCCCCGGGUGAACUACACAGCUUAUGAGAUGGACAGGUUUCUUGCAGACAUUGGGUUCUCUGAAGGAGUUGUACCUUACAAGACAAGAGUGUUGCCUUUAACAGAGGAAAUGGUGACUCCGGGAGUGCCGGUGACUUGCAUAUAUGGGAAAGGAGUUGAUACGCCGGAGGUUUUGGUGUAUGGAGAAGGAGGGUUUGAUGAGCAACCAGAGAUUAAGUAUGGAGAUGGAGACGGCACGGUUAACUUGGCGAGCUUAGCAGCUUUGGAGUUGGUUCACGAAGUUGAUAGUUUGAAAACCGUAGAGAUUGGUGGAGUCUCGCAUACCUCUAUACUUAAAGAUGAGAUGGCACUUAAAGAGAUUGUGGAGCAGAUAAAGAUUAUUAAUUCUGGAUUAGCUAACAGUAGACGAGGACAGUCGAUUAGUCAGGUUGAAAGUAAGUAGAACUAGUUUAUUUUCGUUAUAUACAUUAAAUGUUGUCUAAACUGGUAAUGAUCUUCUCAUUCAACAAGUGAAACAAAAUAUGUGACUGUGAUCCAAAGUACACUGGAUUAAGACAA